AUGGAUGCAGUUGAUUGGUGGGAUACAUAUGACUCGAGCCGAUACUUAUAUGUUUAUUUGUUGCAUUCAAAAGACGAAGCUUUUGAGGCAUUCAAAAUAUAUAAGGCUGAGGUUGAAAAACAAAAGGAGAAACGCAUUAAAAUUCUUCGCUCAGACAGAGGCGGAGAAUACUUUAACCGAAAGUUUGAUGCAUUCUGCGAAGAAGAAGGCAUCAUACAUGAGAGAACUGCACCUUAUACUCCCCAACAAAAUGGUUUGGCUGAGAGAAAGAACCGAACCUUGGUAGAAAUGGCUAACUGUAUAGUUGUAGAAUCCAGAGAUGUGGAAUUCUUUGAGAACAAGUUUUCUAGAGAUGAUGAAAACUUAAAUGGCACUACAACUUCUAGUACUUCUGAAAAAAGGGUUCAACCCUCACCAAUAGUUGAAGAACCAAGGAAAAGUACUAGAGGAACUCAAAAGAAAGUGACGAGAGAGGUCAUUUUCGCUAUAAAUUUGGAUGAUGAUCCUAAAACUUUCAGCGAAGCAAUGUCAUCGAGAGAUGCUCCUUUGUGGAAGGAGGAAGUCAAUGAUGAAAUGGAUUCCAUUAUGGGAAAUGGAACUUGGGAGUUACCUGAUCUACCCAAGGGAAAGAAAUCUAUUGGAUCAUAA